ACAUCACCACAUCACCACAUCACCACAUCACCACAUCACCACUCACCACAUCACCACAUCACCACUCACCGCAUCACCACAUCCAAAUACACUCGCUAUCUGCUUGACGAUACAGUACACAGCUGCAGCACCUUGUCAUCUCUCGACCUGACCUCCCGCGCUUCAAUGCCCCCACCCGCCAAGUCAUGUAUCACCUAGCAAAGUCCGUUUACCUGCACGUCACCAGCAAAGAAGAAUUCUCCAUCCUCCUCCUCGGCCUCGACAACGCCGGCAAAACCACCCUCCUCUCCCAAAUCAAAUCCCACUACCACCCCUCCCGCCCCGCGCCCGCCACCAAAACCGUCCCCACCGUCGGCCAAAACGUCGCUACCAUCGACCUGCCGGACAUGUAUCUCAAAGUAUGGGACAUCGGGGGGCAGGAGAGCUUGCGGCGGCUGUGGCAGUCCUACUACGCCUCUUGCCACGCCAUCAUUUUCCUCGUCGAUUCCACCGACAUCGGAUCCGGCGUCGAGGGCGGUUUGGAUGGGGCGGAUAUUGGCGGGACUAGUGCCGGGGGGGAGGAAGACGGGAGGUUGGCAGAGUGCAGGGCCGUCCUGGAAUCAGUGCUGGCGCACCAAGACACGAGUGGAGUCCCGCUGCUGGUGUUGGCGAAUAAGCAGGAUAGGGAGGAUUGCGUGGAGGUGGUGCGGAUUAAGGAGGGGCUUGUGAAGAGGGUGUUUGAGGGGGCGAGGGGGGCGGGGAUUAGGGAUAGUAGGGUGUUGCCGUGCAGUGCGUUGACGGGGGCGGGGGUGAAGGAGGCGGUCGAGUGGGUGAGGAGUCGGGUGGUGUGGAAUAAGGAGGCGAGGCCGGGGGUGUUGAGGUAG